AUGGUUAAAGUAACGGAAUCUGAUCUAAGCGAUAAAGAAUUAGCUGAUUUUUUAUCAGAUGAUAGUGAUGAUGGAAAUGAAGCUUUACUAAAUAAAAAAUAUGCAGAAAAAGAAGCUUUAAUAACUUUAGAAACAAAUUUUCCUAAAAUCAUAACAAUUUUAGGGAUUCCAAAAGUAGAAGCUGAAAAACAUGGAAAAUUAGCAGAAGUGUUAAAAAAAUUAUUUAUAAAACAUUUAAAUACAAAAAUUAGUGAUUCAUCCGUUUUGAAUAUAAAAAUACAUAUGCCUACAGAUGAAGAAAAUAAAACUAAAGGAAUAUGUUUUGUAACAUUUAACGAUAGUUUUCAAGCCAAUGAAGCUGUGAAAAUAUUAAAUAAAUUAAAAUUAGAUGCAAAGCAUGUAUUAACAGCUUCCAAGAUGGAUGAUAUUGAAAAUAUUUUAAAUAGGGAUGAGCAUGUUAUGCCAAUUAACGUAGUUGGAUUUACGAGAGAAAAAAUAAGAUGGUGGUUAUAUGAUGAGAAAUGUAGAGAGCAAUUUAUUGUUAGAUAUGACAGCCACUUUGAGGUUCAUUGGCUUGAUCCAUUAGAAAAGGAACCUGAAUUGAUUUAUACAACUUUCAAGAAAAGUGCUCCUUUCUCAAGUGUACAAUGGAGUAACCAAGGUUCCUAUUUAGUUAGUUUUCAUAAUCCUGGUAUAGCAUUAUGGGGAGGAGAUAAUUUUGAAAAAUUAAUUAGAUUACAACAUAAAAGUGUAAAAGAAAUAAGCUUUUCACCACAAGAAAAUUAUGUAUUAACAUGGGAUGGAACUCCUGCUUCUUUAAGAAAUGAAAAAGCUAUUUGUAUAUGGAGAGUAAUUACAGGAAAAUUACUUCGCUCUUUUAUUACCCCAGAAAAUAGGCCAAAGGAAAAAAUGUUUCCUCACUUUUUAUGGAGUCCAGAUGAUAAAUAUAUUGCAUGCCUAGGCAAACAAAAGGAGUUAUAUGUAUAUGAAUUACCUUCUAUGUUAUUAAUAGAAAAUCAAGAAAAAAAAAGAACUCCUUUAAAAUAUUCAUCAGUCGAUGAAUUUGGUUGGUCACCCGUUGAUAAUAUUGUUUCUAUUUGGAUACCUGGCACAAAUAACACCCCAGGAACUUUAAUACUUGUUGAAAUUCCUUCAAGAAAAGAAUUGGUAUCAAGAAAGUUAUAUGAUGUUGAAGCAGCUUCUAUUCAUUGGCAAAGCAAAGGAGACUAUUUAUGUCUAAAAACAACAAUAUCAAAAAAAAUUGGAAAAAAAAGCAAAAAAGAAUAUACUCAAUUAGAAAUAUUCCGUAUGAGAGAAAAAAAUAUUCCUGUUGAUAACGUUCAAAUUGAAGGAGUUAAGGCAAAACAGUUCCAUUGGGAGGAAUCAAAUAGUAAUAGAUUCGCUUUAAUUGUAAGAGAAGAAGCAACCAAUAAGCAACAAAUUAGAUUUUAUAAAAUCUCAAAUAAGGGUGCAACUAGAGAUGCUAAAUGGACUACUACAUUUGAUAUAAAUAAUCAAAUGAAUUUUAUGCGUUGGUCUCCCCAAGGAACUUAUUUUAUAUUGGCAUCAUUGGGAUCAGAAGGAUCAUUAUAUUUUUGCUACUUAAAUUCUAAUGAUGAAGUGGAAGUUAUACACAAAGAUGAACAUUUAUUAGUUAAUUCUGUUGCAUGGAGUAACUGUGGAAGGUUUUUGGUUACAUGUGUAUCAACUGUUGCUAAUGCAUCCAGUUCAAACUACAGAGAAGAAAAUAGUGAAGCUGGAUUUUAUAUAUGGACUUUUCAAGGAAAAUGCCUAAUGAGAAUUAAAAAACCUUCAUUUUGCCAAUUUUUAUUUAGACCACAUCCUAAAUCAUUAUUUAGUGAUAAAUUAAAAUUGGAAAUUAAAAAUAAUUUAAAAGAAUAUUCUAAGAAGUUUGAUAGUAUUGAUGAAAAAAUGAGAAAUGCAAAAAAAAAUGCAUUAAUCACAGAAAGAAAAAAUGUUGAAAAUAUUUUCAAUGAAAAAUUAGAAAAAAUAACCAAAUUGUUUCAAUCUUAUAAGGAAUAUGAAGAAUUUAGAAAGAAUUGGGAGAAAUUUGAAAAUCAAUUCGAAUGGGAAGAAAAAACAAUUGUUAUUGAACAUGUAUUAUCAGUUAAACAGGAAAUUUUUGCAUAA